CUAUUUGAGCGACAAGUAUUUUCCCGCCAUGGACUUGAUGGAGAAGCUCACUAAUUGUCGAUCUAAGCGAGAGCAUGCCCAGUAUCGUGUGUUCUGCUUCCCCUGGGCUGGUGGGGGAUCUGGUUUCUACUCCAGUUGGUAUCAGCAUCUACCCGAACAUAUCGAAGUUCAUGGUAUACGUUUGCCUGGUAGAGAAUCACGAUUUCAAGAACCACUCUACAGAAAUCUGGACACGAUGGUCAAAGAUAUUGCUACCACUCUCUUACCGAAGCUGAAGACAAAACCAUUUGUUUUCUUUGGGCACAGUUUCGGUGCUCUUGUCUGUUAUGAAGUCACUCGCUACCUCAUAAAGAAUCACAACUUACAACCCAACCAUCUUAUUGUCUCCGGUACAUUCGGCCCCCACUCAGAAUUACGAGCCCAGCAUCGGAUCGGGUGGACCCGCAUGACCGAUAAGCAAUUCAUUGCUAAGUUACGAGAACUAGGAGGGACACCCCCGGAUGUUCUUGAGAAUCAGGGGCUGAUGAAAAUAUUCCUUCCCAGUUUAAGGGCUGACCUUGAAAUUGCUGAACAGUACGACGAACCAGCCCCUGCCGAGCCGUUCAUUUCUUGUCCACUCACUUGCUUCAAUGGGAAAGACGACCGUGGACAUCCCCCAGAAGGUUGGUCUGAGGCGACAAGCAGUAAAGAAUUUCACACGGAACUACUUUCAGGCGGACAUUUCUUUCUCCUAGACGAGCCCAACAAACGGAGGAUAUGCGAAUACAUAGCAAGCAUUUUACCAACUAUGUAGCAUAGGUCUGAUAUUAGGCAUAUAUAUUGAGUGCAUGUAUUAUUAUGUUAGGUGCUUGUGUCCCUGAAAAUGUAAAAUUGUAAUUCUCAACUGCUUGACAGCGCAGGAUAAUUAUCUAUGAUUUCUAAUUUAUCUUGUUUUUUAAGUUAAGUUUCUUCUUUUUAAUUGGAACCUUUGUGAUAUCAAACUGGUACAGUCUUGAAAGGAUUGGUCAAAUUGUGUUGAUGAAUAUUAUAUGUCCAACAUUUUUUUUUCAAAAUUAACAAAUUAUUGAUUAGAAUCUACAAAGUUUUGGUUGAUUUUUGCCAUUAUUUUUGGUCGGACUCAUUUCACGUACAGAUUAGUUAUUUUGACCAACUAAUCGGCUACUGCCAAACAAUUGUGUUCUUUAGCCCAUAGGCCUUUAAUAUCAAAUGCAGGGAGACAAAUUAGGGUAACCCUGUGAGAAAUAAAACAAUACAAAGUGAUCGGGAACUUAUUACAUAGAUAAAUUAAAGAUGACCAUCUCAACUGACUACAGCCUUAACACAACAAGAACAUCAGCAGCAACAAAAAUAAUGUCAAUGAGAACAAUGAUUGCAAUUCCAUGUUGAUAAAAGGAUAUUGAUUACAUUCAAUCUAAUGACAAGUGAUUACAUUCCACAUUUUCUUGUUUAAUCAUAAAACAAGCCCUCAUUAUAAACCUACAUUGAACAGACUAAGAUAAUACUUUUAAUUCAUAUGUUUCUUUUUAUAUACUUUUAAUUCAUAUGUUUCUUUUUAUAUUCUUAUACUGACCUGGAUGGAGGUAAAGGGGUGUGGGAAGGAAGACCUGUGGGUCAUGGUAAUUUACCAUAGUUAACCUUUUCCAAACCCAGGCAGCCCCUUCAUCUCCAUUCCAGGUCCUUUGUACUAUGUCACGUAUGUCCUAUUGUUUAUGUAAUUUAUAUUGUACUAUGAUUUAUGUAUUUUGAAAUGCCGAAUAGAUAAUAAUAAUAAUAAAUAAGGAUAAUCUACCACCAUGUUAUGAACGUGGGCUGUGGAACGGGGUUGAAAGUGAUGUGGGGCCUGAGUAAAAAGUGAGGGCGACCAUGCAAAAAAAAAAUGGUAUAACGUUUAUGGUUAGUACAGGUUUAUAUAUUGAAAAAAAGACUAAAUAAACCAAAAGUAUUAAACAAGAGCCUGAAAAAUCGGUACGCUGAAACCACACCCCGUUCUGGGGAAAAAUAACCCUAAAUAACAGAUAUGUUUCAUGAUAUAAAAAGGAAUGUUGGUGUUUUUUUAAGCUAAUUAAAAUUCAAAUGUCUGUACGAAAUGUUAUGGUCGUGUUUACAAUUGUGUAUUGGAAAAUCGGAAUCAAGAGAAAGAAAUUCAUAGCAUAUUUACACUCUAAAAUGAAGAGUAAAAAAAUUACCCAAUAUUGGGUAUAAAGGAAACAAGCCCCAAUAUUGGGCAAAAUGCAAGUUCAAAGGGUAAGUUUCAACGCAACAUUACGUAAAGUUUGCUAAGUAUUUGGUCACUUUACCCUGCAAACAUACAUGUUACCAUUUUACCCAAUAUUGGGUCAACUUUAAUAGAUAGGAAGGAGGGAGAGGGAUAAAGAAUAAAAAGGCAAUUGUUAGAUAACAACAGCCAAGAUUGCGAAAAAUAAUAUUUAAAUUUGUUUGAGCAUAACACUCAGCUUGCUGUAUCGAUCCGAGUUCAUGUUGCAGUGUGAAUAACACAUUCGCGGGUCAAUACUGAAACCAAGUUAAAACAAUCUGUGCAAUAUCGAUCUUAUAAAACCAUCGAUUUUACACAAAUUUGAAAUCAGUCGACAAACUGAAGUCUAUUGUAUCACAUCCUAUUACCGGAACUGUGAGAGACAUUUAACGACUAAUUGAAACUUCUUCUAUGUCAUUUUGACUUGUGUUAAAAACGAAUGAAAGCUGAAAAGGUAGCUUGAGUGAAGUUAUGAUAUGUAAAAUGUUCAAUGAAUAUUGUCGUCCGUUAUUGAAGCUAAAUAUAGUAAAGAAAACGAA